AUGGAAUACCAGACAUUGAAUCCAUCUACCUGUCUGCUGCUCCUUCUGUUUUUCAUGCCCACUGUUUUGGGUGUCUGUCCUUCUAACUGUACAUGCUCAGGAAACGACAGGAAUGUGGACUGCUCGGGCAGGAACUUAACUGUGCUGCCACAUGGACUUCAAGACAACAUCACCUAUUUAAAUCUGUCCUUUAACCAGUUUGUAGAUCUGGAUCAUCAGCUAACCAGGUUCACCAAUUUGAGGACCCUUGAUAUUUCAAAUAAUUGGCUCAAGAAUGUCCCUGCUCACCUGCCCAAGUCCUUAUGGGAAUUAUAUGCCAUAAACAACAACAUAAAAGUUCUCCAGAAACUUGACACAGCUUACCAGUGGAAUCUUAGAGUGCUGGAUGUUUCCAGGAACAUGGUGGAAAGAGCUGUUCUGAUCAACAACACCCUGAGCAGUCUCAAAUUCCUCAAUCUCAGCAGUAACAAACUUUGGACAGUUCCAACCAACAUGCCCUACAACAUCGAGACCGUGGAUCUAUCCAACAACUUCUUGUCCCAGAUCCUUCCAGGAACGCUGCUGAGACUACAGCACCUCACAAGCCUCUACCUGCACAACAACAAGUUCACCUACAUUCCUGACAAAGCCUUUGACCAGCUCCUUCAGCUGCAAGUGGUGACACUGUACAACAACCCCUGGUCCUGCAGCGACACACAGAACAUCCUCUACCUGCUGCGCUGGGUGCAGGCAACGGCUGCCAGCGUCGUGGGGGCUCCCUGUGCUGAGCAGGCUGUGCUCUGGAUGACUGCCACCCCAACUGCAGCUGCUCCCACCCUGACAGACUCCAGCCUCAUGAUUAAAGGAAUGAAGGCAGCGGACAAAGCUACUUCUCCAGUGGAGACUGACCCAACCAAAAUGACCAAAAUGCAUAAACAAUUCAAAGCCAAGGAGGUCACUCCCUUGGUGACCUUAAGCCAAACCGUGGUGUUCACGAGCACAGACCGACCACUGCUCCUCUACCCAGAAGCCCUGCCCACCAGGCAGGUGAGCUCUCAAGAAGCAGCAGCCACACACACAAUCUACAUCAAAGACCCAACUGAGGUCAACUCGAGCCUGACUCGUUCCACAGGGUCAUCCACUACUCCUAUGACUUUGAGUAUCACCAGUGGCAUGCCAACAAACUACUCCAGAACGCCUCAAAGCACAACUGCUACCUUAAGGAAAGAGGAAUCCACCACCAAUGCCCUGAACACUCGUGUGCCCUCCACAGCCAGUGGCUGCCAGCUCUGUUUGGUGUCUCUUGUGAUGCUUAACGCAGUGGCAAUGUUUGCUGGCUAA